UGACAUUCUUUUUAAUGAGAGCAUUAAAAGGAAACAAUGGACCAGUAAACAAUAUGAUCCAAUGAGAGCAUUUAUGUUAAUUUUCAUGGCUCCCCUUAACUGUCUCUUGCGUCUAUAAUUUAUAGAGCUAUAUGUAUAUAUAUGCGGAUGUGUAUGUACACGAAAGUCUCCACAAUUUCUCUUUCUCUUCAAUCUCUCAUUUUCUCUCUCUAGAAUUUGUGCAUUUAUUUCUCUAUCUGGAUUUUGAUUGAAUUUCUUCUUAAUUGGUUUGAAAAUGGCUACUUAUACCCCUAAGAACAUCCUCAUAACUGGAGCUGCUGGGUUUAUUGCAUCCCAUGUAGCUAAUCGGCUUAUUCAGAACUAUCCCGGUUACAAAAUUGUUGUGCUCGACAAGCUUGAUUACUGCUCUAACCUGAAAAACCUCCUCCCCUCCCAGUCAUCACCGAACUUUAAGUUCGUGAAGGGGGAUAUUGCCAGUGCUGAUCUUGUUAACUACCUCCUUGUUGCCGAGUCUAUCGACACAAUAAUGCAUUUUGCAGCCCAAACUCAUGUCGAUAACUCGUUCGGGAACAGCUUUGAGUUUACCAAGAACAAUAUCUAUGGCACACAUGUCUUGCUUGAGGCUUGUAAAGUCACUGGCCAGAUCAGGAGGUUUAUCCAUGUGAGCACGGAUGAGGUGUAUGGGGAGACGGAUGAGGAUGCGGUUGUAGGAAACCAUGAAGCUUCUCAACUUCUCCCGACAAACCCGUACUCGGCAACGAAAGCUGGUGCUGAAAUGCUUGUAAUGGCGUAUGGUAGGUCAUACGGGUUACCGGUGAUUACUACCCGUGGAAACAAUGUUUAUGGUCCCAACCAAUUCCCCGAAAAAUUGAUUCCGAAGUUCAUCCUCUUAGUGAUGAGAGGGAAGACUCUUCCAAUUCAUGGGGAUGGUUCUAAUGUGAGGAGUUAUUUAUAUUGUGAAGAUGUGGCCGAGGCAUUUGAAGUCAUUCUACACAAGGGUGAAGUUGGCCAUGUUUAUAAUGUCGGAACAAAGAAGGAAAGGAGAGUGAUUGAUGUAGCCAAAGAUAUAUGCAAGCUUUUCUCGAUGGAUCCCGAGACAAACAUCCAGUGUGUUGAAAACAGACCUUUCAAUGACCAGAGAUAUUUUCUUGACGAUCAGAAACUGAAGAACGUGGGAUGGUCUGAGCGAACCAUAUGGGAAGAGGGGUUGAAAAAGACGAUAGCAUGGUACACCAAAAAUCCCGAAUGGUGGGGUGAUGUGGCUGGUGCAUUGCUUCCACACCCAAGAAUGCUGAUGAUGCCUGGUAGUAGACACUUCGAAUCGGAAGACGGGAAAGUUCCGAGUGUUUCUAACACGCCCCGAAUGAUAGUUCCGACCUCCAAAAGUUUUAUCUCUCCCCUAAAACCAUCCUUUAAGUUCUUGAUCUAUGGCAGGACCGGCUGGAUUGGAGGUAUUCUCGGUCAGCUAUGUGAGAAACACGGUAUUCCCUUUGAAUACGGGAGAGGACGCUUGGAAAAUCGAGCAUCGCUCAUGGCAGAUAUUCAAAAUAUAAAGCCAACCCAUGUUUUUAGUGCUGCUGGUGUGACCGGUAGACCAAACGUUGAUUGGUGUGAAUCUCACAAAACCGAAACUAUUCGAACCAAUGUGGUUGGAACCUUGACCUUGGCAGACGUUUGCAGACAACAUGAGCUUUUGAUGAUGAAUUUCGCAACGGGGUGUAUAUUCGAAUACGAUGCUGCACAUCCUCAAGGCUCCGGCAUUGGCUUUAAAGAAGAAGACAAACCCAAUUUCAUCGGUUCCUUCUAUUCGAAAACCAAAGCUAUGGUUGAAGAGCUAUUGAGAGAAUAUGACAACGUCUGCGCCCUCAGAGUUCAAAUGCCGAUCUCAUCCGACCUAAACAACCCACGCAACUUCAUCACCAAGAUCUCACGUUACAACAAGGUCGUCAACAUCCCCAACAGCAUGACAAUCCUAGACGAACUCCUACCGAUAUCUAUUGAGAUGGCAAAGAGGAACUUGAGAGGUAUAUGGAACUUCACAAACCCCGGGGUCGUUCGCCACAACGAAAUCCUCGAGAUGUACAAGACUUACAUCGACCCCAACUUCCAGUGGACGAACUUCACAUUGGAAGAACAAGCCAAGGUAAUCGUCGCCCCUCGAAGCAAUAACGAAAUGGAUGCAUCCAAGUUGAAGAAAGAGUUCCCCGAGUUGUUACCGAUCAAAGAAUCAUUGAUUAAGUACGUCUUCGAACCCAACAAACGAACCUAAACCUAUGAACCCAGUUUUCUCAGCUAUAGAACCCGAGUUUUGACCCCUCUAACUUCUGCAUUUACUAUAAUUAGGUUGUAUUGUAGUUUACUUAGCCAUUCCUUUUACUAAAGAAACUUCCCUUUAGGUGUAUUUUUUUUUUUGCAUUUCAACUUGUUGAUUGUUAUUGCCUUCAACACUCUUUUUCAACAGUUUGAUACUUUACUAAUUUGUAAUAUAUAAAUUUGGUAAAAGUAACAUAAAAGCCUUUAUACUAA